CAAAACGGAGGUAAAGGAGAGAGCGAGCGGCCCGAGCCGUGGAAGGCGGGAAGCCCACGAGGGCACUACUGGAAAAUGUGUGGUCGCACAGCAGUUUCUCUGGGAGCAGAUGGCAUCCGUCGGGCCUGCACAUAUCGGGAUAAGCAGGGGAGGAGGAGACACCCUGAAUGGAAAAAUGCAGACAAAUAUAGUCCAUCCUACAAUAAGUGUCCUCAGUCUAUCAAUCCUGUGCUUCUGUCCCAACAACACUUCGAAAAGGAUUCUAGUUCUUCUGAGUAUGUCCUUGUAGCCAUGCGUUGGGGGCUUAUUCCAGCCUGGUUCAAGGAAGACGAACCAUCUAAAAUGCAGUAUAACACUUCGAAUUGUCGCAGUGACACCAUGAUGGAGAAACUCUCAUACAAGUUCAACAAGUCUGAUAUAGAAGAUAAAGAUCCAGGUGGCCAGAGGUUACUCACCAUGGCUGGUAUUUUUGAUUGCUGGGAACCUCCUAACGGAGAGGAAGCAUUGUACAGCUAUACCAUCAUCACAGUAGAAGCGUCUAAGAGCGUGAGCUCCAUCCAUCACAGGAUGCCAGCUAUUCUGGAUGGGGAUGAGGCUGUUGGAAAAUGGUUGGACUUUGCAGAAAUACCCACACAGGAAGCCCUUAAGUUUAUUCACCCCAUAGAGAAUCUUGCCUUCCACCCAGUCUCAACUGUAGUAAAUAACUCUCGAAACAAUACACCAGAAUGCGUCGUACCCAUUCAACUGGACCUCAAGAAGAAGACCAAAGUCAGUGCAAGUAGCAAAAUGAUGAUGAACUGGUUAACAAACAAACCUAAGAAAGAGGAAGAUGAUGGCUUACCAAGGUGGUCCAGCCAGUUCAUCCAAGCAGCAUCAGCAUCCAGGAAAACCAGUAUAAAUGUAAUGAACCAGGGGAUAGAAAAGGAAGAGGGAGAACCUUCUGCAAAGCAGUGCAAAAAUCAAUAAUUUGUGGGCCCUUGGACUUCAUGCCCAAGUAGAUAACAGGCCCACCCAACCAAAGAGUCUUGACACUUGUGUUUGCUGCCCAGAACUUUUAAAUCUGGUUGUUUCUACUAAUUUGAAGUGUGGUGUAGGAUUUUCCUGACUGUUUACUGAUGUCUAGCAGUUGAGACUUACCAUUUAAUACUUUAUCUCCAGUGCAAGUUGCGGUGUGGAUUUUACGUACAAUACUGCACUUGAGUUGGAUUCUCUGUGUCACGUUUCUUGCUUUGGUACUCAUUUGAUAUGCUUUUUUGGCAUUGAUUUUGCUAAUUCUUCUAGAGAGAAAGUAGCUCACUUUUGAUGUCGGACAGCUUCUGUUGCAAAAUAAUAAGGAACUGUUAUGUCAGUAUGUUCUUAAAUGAGUUCAAGUGUUAUCGUCUCUGU